UAUCGCCUGACGUUCAAGUUCGCUGGAACGUCACGUCCGCACUUGAACUUGCAGCUCAGGGGGCUUCUCUGCCACCCUCUACAUCUGUUCUGUCUCUCACUUUCUUUCGGAAGGAAAAGCCAUGAAGUCCGUUGCGCCGUGUGUAUGGUGCGCGCCUCCCUGGUCUAACCUGUGACUAUUUUUUGCGUAUUUUUUCCCUUUGGAUGUCCAGCGCAUCGAUGAAGACGUUUUCUCCCUCCGGAGCCUCCUUUGUAAAGACUUUGGCAUUCCCAAUGUGAUCCAAGCUGAAGGCUCCAAUUCUCACCAUGUCUCGCCGCAAGCAGGGCAAACCCCAGCACUUAAGCAAGCGGGAGUUUUCGCCCGAGCCUGUGACAGCCGACCGUCCUGAGGAGCCCCAGGAUGAUGCCCGCCUGCUCCCGGCGGCCGCCUCCGCGCUGCCCAAGGGCGAGCCGGACCUCCUCACAUGUGGGCAGUGCCACACCCGCUUCCCCCUGUCCGACAUCCUGCUGUUCAUCGAGCACAAGCGCAGGCAGUGCCACGGCCGCCUCUGCCCGGACAAGGACCUCAACAACAGGCCCCGUUCGCCGUUGUCGUCGUCGUCGUCGUUGCCGACCACCCCCUCGUGCCUGGCGCCUCGUGCCAUUGUCACCCCCGGGCGUCGCGGACGCCACCCGGUCGAGGUGGCCGUCCAGGUGACGCCACAUGACCACAGGGAUAACUUAUCCAUGGCCUCCCCUGGAAUAUGUCCCAAGCAGGAGCAUACAACAGAAAAAGACGAGCCCAGCAUCUACACUUGCACAACCUGUAAGCAGCCCUUCGGCAGUGCCUGGUUCCUGCUCCAGCACGCCCAGAACACGCACGGCUUCCGCAUCUACCUGGAGAGCGAGCCGGGCAGCCCGCUGACCCCGCGCGUGGCCUCCGCCCCCGGGAUGGGUGGCGAGUGCGGCUCCCAGGCGCCCCCUCUCCACACGGCCCACCUGGCCGACGGCAGCCCCUACGGCGCCAUGCGGCUCCCCGGGUCCAGCUCGUCGGGGAGGGACCCGGUUGUGGUGGUGGCGUCCGGCCCCCGUGAGGGCCGCUACCCCCGGACGCCCCCACUCUUCAGCCCGCCGCCGCGGCACCACCUGAGCCCGGAUGACCUGGCCCUGGCUCCCCAGCACCCGAGCGCCUACGACCGGGUCAUGCGCCUCAAUUCGGUGCCCCUGGACUCGCCGGUCAUGGACUUCUCGCGGAGGCUCCGGGAGCUGGCGGGCCAGUCGGCGCUGGCCGGCUCCUCGCCCCCCAUGUCCCCCGGGCGGCCCAGCCCCAUGCAGCGGCUCCUGCAGCCCUUCCAGCCCUCGGCCGCUCCGGGCGCCGCCUCGUCCGCCAACACCACGCCGUCUCCGUCCGGCGCCCGCCUCUCGGCCCAGCAGCAGCAGGCCCAGCAGGCGCCGGGCACCCCGACACGCUCCAAGUCCUGCGAGUUCUGCGGCAAGAGCUUCAAGUUCCAGAGCAACCUCAUCGUGCACCGACGGAGUCACACGGGCGAGAAGCCCUACAAGUGCCACCUGUGCAACCACGCCUGCACGCAGGCCAGCAAGCUCAAGCGCCACAUGAAGACUCACCGGCACAACUCCUCGUCCUCGCUGACGUCCAGGUCCGACGACGGGCUCUCGGCGUCCAGCUCACCCGAGCCGGGCACCAGCGAUGUGCCGGGCAGUGCCACUAGCGCCCUCAAGUCGGUGGUGGCCAAGUUCAAGAGCGAGAAUAACGGGGUGAUCCCUGAGAAUGGAGAAGAGGAGGAGGAAGAGGAGGAGGAGGAAGAGGAAGAAGAAGAGGAGGAGGAGGAGGAGGAGGAAGGGGAAGAGGAAGAGGAGGAAAUAGAGGGAGAGGAGGAAGAGGAGGAAGAAGAGGUGGAGAACGGGCCCGAGGAUAAGAAGGACUUUGCCCGCUUCAGUCUGAGCCUCGAGGGCGCCCGACACCAUGAGAACAACCGCAGCCGUUACCAUGGAGACCUGAAUUCGCACAAACGGCGAGCACUCAACUCCUCCAGCCAGGUGACCACGCCUGACCUUGGCGACGAGGGCGACUCUGCGUCAGAGCUGGACCGCGCUGAAGACAGCCACUGCGGGGUCAUGGUGAAUGGCACCGACCUCUCCAGGAAGCUCCUGGUCUCCAGCCCCAACUCCCUCAGCCCCCUGUCCAAGCGCAUCAAGGUGGAGAAGGUAGAGAAGGACCUGGACUCCCCGACUCCCCCGACGGCCGGCUCCGUGCCGCCCAUGUCAGAGAACGUCUACUCCCAGUGGCUGGCCGGCUACGCCGCCUCGCGGCAGCUCAAGGAGCCCAGCUCCAUGUUCCUCGCCAUGGGGGACUCGCGACAAUCGCCCUUCGGCACGUCCUCCGAACACUCCUCCUCGGAGAACGGCAGCCUGCGCUACUCCACGCCGCCUGGCGAUCUGGACGGGAUCGGCGGCGUUGGCGGCGGCGGCGCAUCGGGCCAGCGCAGCGGUGCCGGGAGUGGCGCCAGCACCCCUCACCUGACCGUCCCGCCCGUGCGGCCCAGCUCCAAGGACAGCAGCGGCGGCGGCAGUGGCGGGAGCAGCAGCGGAAGUCGCCGGAGCGACACCUGCGAGUACUGCGGCAAGGUGUUCAAGAACUGCAGCAACCUGACGGUGCACCGGCGCAGCCACACCGGCGAGCGGCCGUACAAGUGCGAGCUGUGCAGCUACGCCUGCGCCCAGAGCAGCAAGCUCACGCGCCACAUGAAGACGCACGGACAGAUGGGCAAGGACGUGUACAAGUGCGAGAUCUGCCACAUGCCCUUCAGCGUCUACAGCACCCUGGAGAAGCACAUGAAGAAGUGGCACGGAGAGCGGCCACUCAGCGAAGACAUUAAGUCCGAGUAACGGGCGGUGGGUGGACGAGAGGGGAGGUUUUCAGAGGUGAGGAGAAAGGAUGGAUGGAUACGACAGGAUUAAAAAGGUUCUUACCCAUCCACCCUCCCACGCACCACCGCCAUUUUCUCAGCCCUCUGUUGAGUUCUGGUUCUUAAAGGACGUGAACGAAGCUUAGCAUGUGCAUAGCGUCCACACACUCGGAAAGGGUGGACACAGAACAGUGGAUUUUUGGGGCAGUCCCAUCGAACUAGCAAAACCCUGGAGCCUCGCUAAAUGUGCAAUAAUUUACAUUGUUGUUUUUCUACCUUUUUAUACAAAAAAAAAGAAACAUACGAAAAUACUGAACGGCAUGCUUAGUGUGUUAGUGCUGAUCGGUUAGCUGUAAUUGUUGUCGGUGACGUUUUGUACUUUGUGAUGAGAGAAAAUCCAUGCUGCAGACACACUGUUCUACAUAUCAUGUACAGAUUCACAUCAGUGACAGGAUCACAAUCACAGUCUACACUCACAACGAGGACAUGACAUGCAAACAGAUCUUUUAAAAAGAGUACAAUAUUUUGAUCAUGAAAAAUUACAACAACAAAAAAAAUUAAUUGGAUUGCCCACAAAAUUAUGAUCAUGAAAUAAGUUACCUUAGAUAGUAAACAUAUCUAUUGGAAUUUAUUGUAUGGUUUCUUUUUGUAAAAAAAAGAGAAAAAGACAAAAAGAUAAAUGAGUGCCUUGGAUAUCUUUACACAUAUGUUUAUCCAGCCAUAUGCUACAAGCUUGGAGUCUUAACCAGAAGAUGAUUAUGGUUAUACUCAAUAUAAGGGUCUUGCAUCAAGCUCCUGAAGGACAUUGGCCAAUCAUAUGACACAAAGUGCAGCCAUGUAUUUCGAGAAAAAAAAAUGUUUUUCACUGAUUAUUAUGUGCAUCAGUAUGCCUUUGUUUGCUACCAUGGCAAUAAGUGCUUUUCAGUUUCCUGAGAUUUUGUUUUGGUACCAAGUGAUACAAGGUACAGCAAUUAUCUGUUUAUUUUAUAAAUCCACUAUGUUAAGUUCCUAAUAUUUUUUGGGGUGUAUUUUACUUAUGAACAUUAAACCGGCUUAGUUUGGUGAGUAGCACGCAACUAUGUGGCCGUUGUUUUUUAGCCUUGAACUCUUAGGCUGACCCUUGACCCAGAGGUCAAUUUAGUUCUGACAGGCCUAACGGAUGAGGAGAAAAGACUUCUGGGACAUGUCGAGUAAAAGGGGGAAGGGAGAGAGUUCUGAAAGUAAACUUUCAAAAGAAAGAAAAGAAAAUCCCUCAGUCCACCACCACAGAGUCCUUCUCUAACUCUGACUUGUCAGACAACUGUUAGUUAUCUCAUUAUUUUAGCGACCCCCCCCCCCCCCCCACCCCUCCCAUUUUUUAGUGUUUAGAGGAAAGUUAAACUACUAGUAUGUUACUCCGAAAAUCUAACUCGAAAAAGGAUACCCCUGCUCUUUAGAAAAAAAGCACUUAGCUAAAUGAUUUCUUGUUGUCGUUUGUAUCCCAGCCACAGGCUGUGGCGCCAUGCUGUUAGCAGCACAUUGGCCAUCUUGUUUGACAUUGAGAAAAGCACUUGUCACUCUGCCUUGCGUUCUGUAUCUGUCUCUUUAAUCGGAGGUACAGAUGGUCGAGUAUAAACUGCGAUGGCUUUUUAUUUUGUUUUUGUUUUGUUUUCAAAUGUACAGGACAAAUGCGUGCACUGUUCAGUUGUUCCUGGUUUACAGAUAAGACGUGUUUCGAGGGAGAAAAUAAAAAGCCUUUUGUUAUGCUCACA